AUGGCGAAUCUCGAAAAUCCAAUACAAUCCAAAUCCGUCGGUUCAGAUGCUGAAGGUACUCACAGGCUGAGCUCAUCUAUAAGUAUUGAAUCAGCUUCCGCCUCCGCAGAACCCAGCCCAAUCCUCGAGGGCGUAUUCGCAAUCUCCAAACCCACCACAAAAACAACCCCUCAAAUCCUCCUUGACAUCCAAACCAUCUUCGCCACAUCAACAACCUUCACCCCUUUACUCCAAUUAGAGCGCCGCAAACGCGCCGAGCAAGAAGCGCACCAACCUUCCGGCCAAAAGCUCAAAGAUGAAGAACGCGAUGGCCGGUUCUUCAAGCUCGGCCACGGGGGUACUUUAGACCCCCUCGCAUCAGGCGUGCUUAUCGUCGGGAUCGGAAGAGGCACUAAACAUCUUUCAUCGUAUCUGUCUUCGACUAAAACGUAUGAGACAGUUGUGCUUUUUGGGAUCGCGACUAGUACGUACGAUAUCCAAGGUGAGGAAGUUGAGAGAAAAAGUGCGGAGCACAUCACUGCUGAGCUUGUGAGGCGUAAGAUAUCCGAGAACUUCACCGGCACGUUUCGACAAGUUCCACCUGUGUACUCUGGGCUGAAAGUCGAUGGUGUCAAAGCAGUUGAGUAUGCGAGGCUGGGGAAGGAACUUCCGAGGGAUCUUGUGGAUAGGGAGGUGUGUGUGGACGCGUGCGAGAUGCUGGAGUUUAUGCCUCCAAACACACAUGAGUUCUGCUACCCUGCUGCGAAGGAGGGGGAAAGAACGGUGGUUGAGGCAAUGCCUGCUGCGAGGAUCCGUCUAACUGUAUCAUCGGGGUUCUAUGUGCGGAGUUUUGCGCAUGAUCUCGGUGUGGCGUGUGGGAGUGUUGCUACGAUGGCGAGUUUGCACCGGUUGAGACAGGGGGGUUUCUUCACUCCGGAUCUCUUCUCUACUUCCUCAUCUCUAAAUGAAGAUGAUCAGCAGGAGACUGUAGAAGCCGCCACUGCAGCUUCCAAUUCGACACAGUUUGUCCCUGCAAUCCCGUACGCAGAUAUCACAUCCUCUGAAGAAACCUGGGCUCCCCAGAUCCGCUCCGCGCUCACCACGUGGAUGGCGCAAAACCCGGCUAGAGAUCCCAACGCUAGAGGGCCUGGUAGGAAAGGGCGGGAUAAGGAGGUGAAGAGGCAGCGAUUUCGUGGAGAGUGGUUGGCGGAGACGAAGCGGGAGAGGGUAUUGCAGCAGGGAGGGAAAUCGAAGGGGAAAUUAUCGAGGAAGAAAAAUGGGAAUAUGGAGGAAGGGGAUAAAUAG